UUUCCGGUGGGCCGUCCCUAGCGACGGAGAUGGCGGCGACUGCGGCGCAGGCUGCGGCCUCGGGCUCUGGAGAACCCCGGGAAGAGGCUGAAGCCCCCGGCCCCGCCUGGGAUGAGUCCCAACUGCGCAGUUAUACCUUCCCGACCCGGCCCAUCCCGCGUCUGAGUCAGAGCGACCCCCGGGCGGAGGAGCUUAUCGAGAAUGAGGAGCCUGUGGUCCUGACCGACACAAAUCUUGUGUAUCCUGCCCUAAAAUGGGACCUUGAAUACCUGCAAGAAAAUAUUGGCAACGGAGACUUCUCUGUGUACAGUGCCAGCACCCACAAGUUUUUGUACUAUGAUGAGAAGAAGAUGGCUAAUUUCCAGAACUUUAAGCCUAGGUCCAGUAGGGAAGAAAUGAAAUUUCAUGAGUUUGUUGAGAAACUGCAGGAUAUACAGGAGCGAGGAGGUGAAGAGAGGUUGUAUCUGCAGCAAACACUCAAUGACACUGUGGGCAGGAAGAUUGUCAUGGACUUCUUGGGUUUUAACUGGAACUGGAUUAAUAAGCAACAGGGAAAGCGUGGCUGGGGGCAGCUGACCUCUAACCUGCUGCUUAUUGGCAUGGAAGGAAAUGUGACACCUGCUCACUAUGAUGAGCAACAGAACUUCUUUGCUCAGAUAAAAGGCUACAAGUGAUGCAUUUUGUUCCCUCCGGAUCAGUUUGAGUGCCUCUACCCAUAUCCUGUUCAUCAUCCAUGUGACAGACAGAGCCAGGUGGACUUUGACAAUCCUGACUACGAGAGGUUCCCCAAUUUCCAGAACGUGGUUGGUUACGAAACAGUGGUUGGCCCUGGUGAUGUUCUUUACAUCCCAAUGUACUGGUGGCAUCACAUAGAGUCAUUACUAAAUGGGGGGAUUACCAUCACUGUGAACUUCUGGUAUAAGGGGGCCCCCACCCCUAAGAGAAUUGAAUAUCCUCUCAAAGCCCAUCAGAAAGUGGCCAUAAUGAGAAACAUUGAGAAGAUGCUUGGAGAGGCCUUGGGGAACCCACAAGAGGUGGGGCCCUUGUUGAACACAAUGAUCAAGGGCCGAUACAACUAGCCUGCCAGGAGUCGAGGCCUCCUGCCAGGUGACUGCUAGCCCGUCCACACCGCUUCAUUGAUGAGGACAGGAGACUCCAAACGCUAGUAUUGCACGCUGCACUUAAUGGACUGGACUCUUGCCAUGGCCCUGGAGGCAGGUGUUCGGGGCAAGGCAGGGUGGUUGGCACUCCACUCCCAUUCGGAGGGACUUCUUACCCUUGCCUCUGUGCCCCAGCACCUUCCCUCUCUGCCCCGUAAAGUCCUGCAUUCAGUGUGUGGAGUCCCCAGCUUCUGGUUGUCAUCAUGUCGUGUGUUAGUCUGUCAACCUUGGGAUGUGUGUGCGUGUGUAUGCCUGCACACGCGUGUAUGUAUUUGUUCCUUGCUCCCUCCUUCUGGGUCAGGAUGCCACCUCUGGCUCUCAGCUCUGUCUCCUGCAACCUCAGUGCCUCAGCCUGAGAGAGAGGAGAUGUUCUUGGACGCCCACUGCAUCUGGGCUACAGGGCCACAGCUAUCCUAACCAUGAGGUCAGUCUGCCCCCUCCCAGUUUUCACAGAGUGAGGCUCUAGGCUGUUGGGAAUGGCUACUGAGACUCUAAUGGGGAGAGGGAGAGUGGGGAGGGUUGCCUUUGAGAGCCUAAAUAGCUUCCUAGGAGAGCAAAUUAGACAGGGUUCCAACUUGAACCUUCAAGCUCAAGCCAUACACAGAAAAGAGCCUUGGGACGCAGGAACCAAGGAUUGUGCAUAACUUCCAAAUUACAGACACAUACAGCUUCUUUCUUUCAGCACCAGCUCUUGUUCUCUGUCCUGGGUGCCAGGGGAGUCAUCCUAGCAAUGGCGUCUCUAGGUUCUAGGGGUGCAAGCCUCUGUGUGGAUGUGUGUGUGGAUGUUUGUGCCUGUGUGCGUGCAUGUGUGUCCACACUGGCCUGCCUCUCUGCUUACCAAGUUUCUACUGCUUAACCUUGUCCAGUGGGACAUACAGCAGGAGCCCCAAGGCAGUCUAAAGCUUUUAAACUCAUUUUUAGCCAUUGGAUGUUGGUCAGGCCUCGCUGCAACUUGCCUGAGGCCAACUGGCUAGAGCCUCCAGGUCCUGUGACCCUCCCUGCCCAGGCCACGUCCUCUGUGUCCGCGGAGCUUCUUGGCUCAGGAGACAAAAUGGGGUCAAGCCUAGGCAGCUAACUCACCACGUGUCAUCCACCUCAUGGCGAAGGCAAAAAUGUAGCCUUGCCUCUUGAAGCCAGUGCCUCUGCCAGACCCCACUGUAAUGUUCCACAAACACCUUCAGAAGUCAGGGCAACUGGUGGAGCAUGGAGAGGAAUUUCCUUUUCUGUUCAUAGCUUUUCAUGGGAACCCCUCUCAGGGCUGCAGCUUACAGCUGGGCAGCUGUGCACUGCACAACUCGAAGGGCCGUCAUUCACACCUGUAUAAUGGAAGUGGGGCCCCUGGGAUUGGGCAGUGUGAUGGCCCUGCGUCUGCUCACCUCCACUCCCAUCUCCACGCCCCUUCUCUCUGGAAGGAAAAAGGAGUUGGAAGUCUCUGGGUUCAUUUUUUCCUUUUUUUUUUUUUUUUUUUUUU